AUGAGCCAAACUAACCGACAGUUAUCUUGCAACAAACUUUGGCCAGUGGGUGCGAAAAUAAAGACAGGCGACGCCGUGAGCGCUCUCAGCAUGGCGCAAAACCCUGAAGAAAGUCCGGUCUAUUUCACCAAAAUCUCAACGGGAAACGGUGCCGACAGGCUGAAAGAGUCCGACCAUGCAGACCCAAACACUUACGGAUCCGGACACACGAAUCCACUGGCCUGUGACAUGGAAAAACACUGCUGUCAAACAGCUGCUGCCCCUCAGGAGGAGUUGUUAAACGCUGACUGCCGUGUGGGCGACAGCCGCUCCUUUUCAGCCUGCGCCACAAUAUCAGAAACAGCCAGGGAGCUCUGCAAAGCUGUGUCCGUGUCUCUGGGACUGGCCAUGGAGUGCAGUGACACGAGCGACGUGGAUGCUGGGACUCUCCACUCGUGUGCUGCAAAUGACCACAUAAGAGGAGAGUAUUUGUUCGGAGUCGGAGCCGUGCCCCUGAACCGUCCCGGAGCCCAGGCUGCUGUCACCGACUACAAGUGCCCCGACCGAGAUGACCGGCCCCUGCACUGCCAGAAGCAACUGGUGGAAAUGUUCAAGACUUCAGAGACUGCUGCGCGUCUGCAUCACCUCACCUCCACUCGGACCUCUGUGGAUGAGCAAAACUUCACAAUGUGCAAGGCUGAUGACAUAACUUUACAAGAGUUAGAUCAUCUGGACACAUCAACGCGCGCUGCCUCUUGCCCUUAUGCCCAAUCCGCGCCAGGCAACUUGGCACACUUCGGCCAGGCGGCCACAGAGAGGCCGUGCCGAGUCUACAAGCCCCCCAACGAAGCGAGAGACUUCGGGGAAGCCAUGGAGAACAAGUUCGCUGGUUACCCAGAACAAUACAGCGUUAAAAUCAAAUCUGAAGACCCCGAAUGUUUGGCGGCUUCGUGGGGUACUAAUUACACCUUUGAUGAGAAGUACAACUCUCAGUUUUGGGGUUCGAGGCAGCAGUGCAUGAACGCGCACAGCACAGGAGCCAGCACCGCGUUCAUAUGUAACCCAUAUGAACGGAGCGUGGUGCGUCCUGAGCAGUGGUACCCUGGCGGGAUGCUGAGGCCGCCCUAUCCCAACUCCAACUACAUGAAGACUGAAGUCGGCGAAUGGCUCGAUGUCGCCUACAAUGACACCAGGUUUGAAGCUGGCAGAGAGCACAUGUUCCCCAUGGAGUUCUUCUUUCCACCACAGAGGAUGUGUCUUAUCUGCUCAGACGAGGCCUCCGGCUGUCAUUACGGUGCGCUCACCUGCGGCAGCUGCAAGGUUUUCUUCAAAAGAGCUGCAGAAGGCAAACAGAAAUACCUGUGUGCAAGCAAAAAUGACUGCACUAUUGAUAAGCUAAGAAGAAAGAAUUGCCCGUCCUGUCGGCUGAGGAAGUGUUUUGAAGCCGGAAUGACUCUCGGAGCACGCAAACUAAAGAAGAUUGGACAACAGAAAAACCUUGAAGAGGAUCAUCCUGUUCAGGAACCUGUAGAGGUUAUCCAGAAUAUCUCUCCUAAAUCAGGCCUGAACUUCAACUCCCAACUGGUCUUCCUCAACAUCCUGGAGUCCAUUGAGCCUGAGGUGGUCAAUGCAGGACACGACUACGGCCAACCGGACUCAGCUGACACCCUGCUCACCAGCCUCAACGAGUUGGGAGAGAGACAACUGGUCAAAGUGGUCAAAUGGGCAAAAGGAUUGCCAGGUUUUAGAAAUCUCCAUGUGGAUGACCAAAUGACUGUCAUUCAGCAUUCAUGGAUGGGGGUGAUGGUGUUUGCCCUCGGAUGGAGGUCCUAUAAGAACGCCAACGGCAGGAUGCUCUACUUUGCCCCAGAUCUUGUGUUCAAUGAACAUCGGAUGCACAUUUCCACCAUGUAUGAGCACUGCAUACGGAUGAAACAUCUCUCACAUGAGUUCCUGCUGCUGCAGAUCACUCAGGAAGAGUUCCUCUGCAUGAAGGCCUUGCUUCUCUUCAGCAUUCUUCCAGUUGAGGGACUGAAGAGUCAGAAGUACUUCGAUGAACUGCGUCUCACCUACAUCAACGAACUCGAUCGCCUCAUUAACUAUCGAAUGACCACCAAUUGUUCUCAGAGGUUCUACCAACUCACCCGACUCCUGGACUCUCUCCAGAUGACCGUAAAAAAGCUCCAUCAGUUUACAUUUGACCUUUUUGUCCAGGCUCAGUCACUCCCCACGAAGGUCAGCUUUCCAGAGAUGAUUGGAGAAAUAAUCUCAGUACAUGUACCAAAGAUCCUGGCAGGUUUGGCUAAACCAAUCUUGUUUCACGAGUAGAAGGACUUUUAAAAUCAAAAAGUGACUCAACUUUGCUGACCUCCAUAAACUUUAACAAAGGUACUGUUUCCUUACAUCUUCAGUGUAAUAGCUCCUAGCCCUGUCCUGGAAUAAUUUUUUCCUUUUAGCCAUAAUUGAGAUAGUUUGUUCAGAACUAUUAAAAGCUUUUACCUAAAGCGCUGCAAGGCAUCACCUGUUGACAGCUCUGCUAUUUCUGAGUGCAGAGUUUGUGUUUUCAGCUGGAGCAGAGAUGCUACUUUACAUAUGCAGUAAGUCUGUAAAUCCUGAUUAAAUAAACUUAAAGUAGCAGGGUUAACGACACAAGAUUUGCAUGUGACCUGCAUUAUAAAUACACUUGACAAGGUAUUCAUGAAAACUAAAAAACGAGAGAUGGCCCAAAGAUGAAGAUUGGAUAACAGAAAGAAACAAAUACUUAUUUCCCAUCAACUUACCAAAAUCUUUUUGUCUAAGUGCUGCCUUCAGGGGCACCUACUAAGUUCCUGCUUGUGAAAUUGAGAGUGGUAAAUACAGCUUGGGAGGCAUUUAAGUGCUUAAGUGCCUUAAAAUCAGAACUGUAGGUCUCACAUUUGUUUUAAGAAGUCUCAUAAUUUCACUUUAACAUAAUUUUUAUUAAGUUUUCUAUCAAAUGGGUCAAAUCCUAAAGUCCUGGCAUGACAUUUAAGUGUGGCACCAUUUUGUGUAAAAAUGCCAUGACAAUUACAAUCAGUGUAAGUAUGGUAGUCAAGGAUCGCAACUGUAAAACAUAAACUUUAUACUUUGUGUAAAAUAUUAGACAUUUUUUUGCUGUGUAAAUGUACAGUAGUUUUAGUGCUGCAGAAACGGAAACUAAAUAGUGAAAUCGCUAGUUAUUCAUAUGGAAAUCCAACUGUGUAAUAAUUACUUACAUAAUUACUGUCGCUUACGGGCUCACAUGCUUCUCAACAACUAUUUUUUGCAGAAAAUUCCCUCCCAGUUAUAUUUCCUGCCUCUUUGGGUCACUGCCCAAAGACACUUUGACAUGCAGAUGGAGGAGCCAGGGAUUUAACCACCAACAUUUUGAUUAGUGAACAACCCGCUCUACCUCCUGAGACACAGAUGCCUCACUUUUUGACAGUAAAAAAAACCUGUGUUCAUCCAGUAUUCAAAAUGGGUUAAUUCACACAUAAAGUCAAAAGUUUAUUUGCCUUGUCUUUGGGGAAGACAGCGGUAAAUAUGACAGGUCAUGUAAGGUUGUAGGACAGGUGUUUUGUCUGGUAGCAACCAUAAAAACAAAACCUCACAUUGAGUAUUUAUUUGCUCUUGUCUUGUUCUAAAAUGAAAACACAUGAUCAGUGUUUCAAUUCUUACAAAGUACAGAAUAAUGUCAAAUUUUCAAGACGACCAUGAAAGAAACAAGUUAUAUAUUGUUUAACUGUGAACAGUACAUUGCUCAGCACAAUGUAGACAACACACUGCAUGCUUAGCCUACUGUCGCUCUGCACUUAACACCUUUUCUCAUUACAUUGGCAGCUGAUUUAGUGCUUUUUUUCUUGAUUAAUUUUACAGCGUUAACUUAUAAAUAAUUUAGUGAGUAAACUUGUUAAAAGCAGGUACCUGGCAUGAGUGAAGUUGGAGAAAAUUGGACAAUUUGUUAAGAAGUUUCUUCAUUCUUUAUUUCUAAACUCCAUAGCUUCAAAGUUAUUCAUAAUUAAAUAUUAACAUUUCUUUACAAUCCAUCUACAAUCUUUAUAAUAUUCUUAAAAGAAUAUAUUGCACCAAAUCUCUAUGAAUUUAAAUUCAUAAGGAAACUAAGGAAAUUGCUACAAAAAUAUCACACCAUCUGCAUGCUUUUAGAACGUAUCGUACACAACCAGCAUUAACUAUAAAGCAUGUAAAAGCAAAGCAAAGGCACGUAACAAAUUACAAGCUAGAAGCAUAAGAUGAAUUGAUAAAAUUAUAAUGCUAAAAUGCACAGCGCUACAUGCAGCAUACACAGCUCUUUACCCGUAUAACACCAUCCCUGCUAGACAAUGUGUUGUUGUUGUGACGCGGUGGCGUGCAGCAGGGAACGGGAGAGUUGCAGAGAAACAAAGAAGAAAGUAUGGCACAAAAUACAGGCAAAUACUGAAUAAGAACUUGAUUGAGAGUGCCAGAGAUCUUAGGUUGGGGCAGUAAUGUUCCAACAGGACAACAAACAGAAACUUACAGCCAACUCAACACUGGAAGGGCUUCAGAUGUAGAUUGUUAGAGUCCUUGACUGGCCGUGCCAAACCAAGAAAAAAAUCUGUGGAAUGCCUUGAAGAUAAAUGAUCACAGACUUGAGUAAAAAUGUUAAAAAAAUUAAUUCAUUGAGUUGAAUGCGAUUAUCACAUUUGUAUUUGAAAUAGUAUCUUUCGGUAAAUGAACUAGAAUUCAUUUAUUUGUUUAACACAAUUCAACUCAAACAGAACUUCAAAUUAACUUCUAUGGUAUAUUCUGCAGCGAUGUUUUAUAACUGGAAAUUUCAACACUUUUUAACAAUUCCACAUUUGUUUUACAAGCUUGUAGAUGCAUGCACCGUGUUUGUAUAACUGUAUGCAAAUUUGCAACUGUAUGUAAUUUUUAGCUUUACAGAAAGCAAUGCAUGGACAUCCACGCAUCCCUCCAAGUACCUGUUUAUUGUAUACUGACUGAUAAUGUCAUCAUUGUUCAAUGCAUGGGACAUCUUCAGAAGGCAUGAUAACAUUUUGUUGUACCGUAUACAGUGAUGAGUUGACUAUGACAGUCAGGUUCACAUUUUUUGUAACUGAUUUGUUUGUUUGUAACUCAUUGAUAAACUUCAGUGGAGUGUUUGGAGUACUUCAUCUAUAUAAAUGAAUGUCUUCAUGUCUUCAUCUUCGUCUUUUUAUACAAUAUUUGCUGUGUGAAUAGAAAUGGGGGAGAAGAGGGAAUCCAGAAGUCAUGGACAAAUACAGGUGAUCCAUGAGACAUCACCUCACCAACAGCUAAUCAUAGCCCAGACACUUGUGUCUGCUGUUAUUUGAGAAAGCAGCAGUUUAGUGUAAAGUUGAAACUACACAGAAGCCUGAUUAAGACAUCAGAAGUAGCCAGAUUAUAUAUAUUUAUAUGCAUGCACAAAAACAGUAAAAUGAUUCGGAGUAUCAGUAUUUUAAUUAAGCACAUUAUUCUUACUUUUCGAUCAAAUUCACACAUUCAGAAAUAUUUAUCAAGCCUUCUGACAUUUCCUGAAUGCACUGGACUGUAAGACUGUUACAGUUAACAUUUUACUAUUUAUCCUUGAAAUGAACACUGGUUCUAAAUAAUGUUGUAUUUUUUUAUGCUUUUUAGCUUGAUGUAUUACACAUAAAGGCAUUACCACUGCGAAGGGAUCAAAUGCCUCAAUGAGCCACACUGUACAUUUUUAAUACUAAUAUGGUUUAAUCAUAGUAGGCCACAGUGUUUGUAUUACGUCAAUUGAAAAUAGCUAGUAUGUGCCCUUGUACUGCAUAUUAACCUGGUUAUUUGUACAUGCUACAGUAACUGUAUAUAUUGAUUAGUUUAAUGUCUGUUUUGGUGUCCAAAGACUUGACUUUUAAAGUAAUCUCUUUUAUGAUUUAUACCUUUUGUGACGUGUGUUUUUCAAAAUUGUAAAGCUGCAUCAUCUUUUAAAGGCAAUUAAAAUAAUUCUGACUCUGAGGACGGCAUAAGAGUUUGUUUCAAGCAAUUGUACAAACUACAGUAUAUAAAGGAGUGGAGAAGGAAUUCCAUCAUUGUAACUCCAAAUACAUGUUAUGCUUUCUUUGAAUAAAAAGAUAUAUGCUGGGAA